UCUAAUACGGUUCGAGUCGGCGCUUCUCUCUGACCAUCUCUCCAUUUCCAUUUUUAUUUUUUUAGCAUAAUUUCACCAAACCCUAACCCUAGUCCCCCCAAAAUCCAACCCCCAAUUCCCUCCAAUCGCUCCAGUUUCUGCCGAAUCCUUCAUCCACUCCCCGCCCUCCCGCUUUCCCCCAAACCAGAAUCUCCGAUUUCGGCCAUGUGAGAGCUGAGCAAUAUAAUGAUCGAAUUGUUGGGCUUGGACUCUGACGCCUAUUGUAUGGGUUUGAGCAAUGCCGGAGCUUCGCAGAGGAGUCCGCCGAGGCCGUGCUAAGGUCGCGCACAAGCGAUCGGAGCCUCCGGUUGGGAACUACGUAAAGACCCGUGCGGCGGUCGCGAGGGCCAAGAAGUUGAAGCUCGAGAAGGAGGAGGAGCAUCAGCAGGUGAUUGUGAUAUCGGAGAGGGACAGUGGGUCGGAGAGGAAGAAGGGGAAGAAGGUUGUUGGGAAGGAAGAGAAGGGUCCGAUGGCUGAUGAUAGUGGUGGGUUGAGCGCCAAUAAGGCCGCUGGGCAAGAGGAAGAGGGCAGCACUGCGCCUUUUCCCGAGAAGGUCUCAGUAGGAGGGUCACCUGUAUAUAAGAUAGACAGGAAAUUGGGCAAAGGUGGGUUUGGUCAGGUGUUUGUUGGUCGUCGUGUUUCAGGUGGAACUGAACGCACCGCAGGUCCUGGGGCUAUGGAGGUAGCUCUGAAAUUUGAGCACAGAAAUAGCAAAGGCUGCAAUUAUGGCCCACCAUAUGAGUGGCAAGUGUACAACAUUCUCGGUGGUAGUCAUGGAGUGCCGAAAGUACACUACAAAGGGAGGCAAGGAGACUAUUAUGUAAUGGUCAUGGACAUGCUAGGGCCCAGCUUGUGGGAUGUAUGGAAUUCUUCAGGGCAGGCUAUGUCCUCGGAAAUGGUCGCUUGCAUAGCAGUUGAGUCCUUGUCAAUUUUAGAGAAGAUGCAUGCAAGAGGUUAUGUACAUGGCGAUGUUAAGCCAGAGAACUUUUUGCUUGGUCAGCCAUCUACAUCACAAGAGAAGAAGUUGUUUCUUGUUGACCUUGGAUUAGCAACAAAGUGGAGAGAUAGUUCUAAUGGGCAGCAUGUUGAUUAUGAUCAACGUCCUGAUAUGUUUAGGGGAACUGUUCGAUAUGCUAGUGUCCAUGCUCACUUGGGAAGAACUGCUAGUAGAAGAGAUGAUCUAGAAUCUCUUGCAUAUACACUCAUCUUCCUCCACCGAGGCAGGUUGCCCUGGCAAGGUUAUCAGGGUGAUAACAAAUCCUUUCUAGUUUCCAAAAAAAAGAUGGCAACUUCUCCUGAAAUGCUAUGCUGCUUCUGUCCCCCACCUCUUAAGCAAUUUCUUGAGAUUGUGGUAAACAUGAAAUUUGAUGAGGAGCCUAACUAUGGCAAGCUAAUAUCUUUGUUUGAGGGCUUGAUCGGACCUAAUCCGGCUUUACGGCCAAUAAAUACUGAAGGUGCUCAAAAGGUUGGCCAAAAACGUGGUAGGUUGAAUAUUGAAGAAGAAGAUGAUGGGCAACCCAAGAAGAAGGUUCGUUUAGGAGUUCCUGCUACGCAGUGGAUUUCAGUUUACAAUGCUAGGCUACCAAUGAAGCAGAGGUACCAUUAUAAUGUAGCUGAUGCAAGGCUAGCACAACAUGUGGAGAGAGGAAUUGCAGAUGGCCUUCUUAUAAGUUGUGUGGCAUCUUGUUCUAAUCUCUGGGCACUUAUUAUGGAUGCUGGAACCGGUUUUACAAGCCAAGUUUAUGAGCUGUCUCCUUUUUUCUUACACAAGGAAUGGAUCAUGGAACAAUGGGAAAAGAACUUUUACAUCAGUUCUAUUGCUGGUGCCAACAAUGGGAGCUCCCUUGUGGUUAUGUCUAAAGGCACCCAAUACACUCAGCAGUCUUACAAAGUAAGUGACUCUUUCCCCUUCAAGUGGAUAAACAAGAAGUGGCGAGAAGGGUUCCAUGUGACGUCAAUGGCAACUGCUGCACACCGAUGGGGUGUUGUCAUGUCUCGCAAUGCUGGCUUCAGUGAUCAGGUUGUGGAGCUUGAUUUUCUCUAUCCAAGUGAGGGUAUCCAUAGGCGUUGGGAUAGUGGUUACCGAAUUACAUCAACAGCUGCAACUUGGGAUCAAGCUGCCCUCAUCUUGAGUGUUCCCAGGCGCAAACCUGGCGACGAAACUCAGGAAACUUUACGGACAUCCCAAUUUCCAAGCACCCAUGUUAAGGAAAAGUGGCAAAAGAAUCUGUAUCUCGCUUGUUUGUGUUAUGGGCGGACUGUAUCUUGAUUCCUGUGAAUCCCGCAAGGAAUUUAUCUCGAAAGAAAGAGAUUUUGCGUUAUUCUCUUUUCCCUACCACCAUGUAGUUUUUUUGUGUUGAUUGUAAAGAAUGAUUCAGGAGCGCUGCUGCUGCAGCAGACACUUGUGCUCCCAUGUAUGAUAAAUUUGUAUUAAUUGUAUAAGUUUGCCUUUUACUUUA